AUGUCAGAAAGCGGACUGGCCGCUCCACAAAGCCCUGUGCAGUCCAGAGAAAUUAUGUCAUCAAAAGGAAAGGUAGAGAUCUUAAAGUACAUCGAUCCAGCAGCAUCCCAGUGCAACGCCGACCAUAUCCAAUGGCGGAGCGUGCGGAAUCAGGCCCGAAACACGGCAUUCCACUGUGCACUGGGAAUCCAUCGGGACCCAUCGCGUGGGCACACGCACAUGAUCAUCAUCCAUCUGCAGUGGACACCCAUCAACAAGGACCCGUGGUUCAAGUUCCUUGUUACCGAGUGCGGGGUGUUCAAGAUGGCCGACGUGCUCCCGGAGAUUGAGGGCGCACUGCACCUAGGAAAGGGUGAAGGGUGCGGGUACGUGUGCGACUUUGUUGGGCGGCAAGAGGCACAGUGGUCCUCGUCCUCGGGCAUGACGAUGGCACCAAUUCUCAUCCUGGCGAUCGGCGAGGGGGUGGAGUCAGUAUUGAUGCUUUCUGGGAUCAUUCUGGAGACACAGAGGCCUGAUACAUACAGCGCAGAAUGGCGUAAGAUGGUUAACAAGGACCCGACGGACGCACCGAAGCCGUUGACACUCUUGAGUGGUGCCAAGAACGCCGAGCAUAUAUUCUGA